GUGUUUAUUGUUUAUGUUAUUAUAAAAUGAUUUACACUCCUAGUAAAAAUGUUAAUACUUUUUCAUUAUUUGGGUUUUUGUUUAUAUCAAUUUUUGAGAAACAGAAAACGGAUAAAAUUCUUGGAAUCAAUAGAAAAACGAAAAUUGUCACUUCUAGAUAAUACAGAAGUGGUAAAGGAUCUAGAAAAUAACCUAAAAUUCGAACCACCGGUUUUUCGUCAACGAUAUGGAAAAGUGUUUGAAAUCCUUCUUGAUGAAAGAUGGAGAAAGCAAAUCAAGAAAUUAUGUGAUUUUGGUUGUGCUGAAUUUGGGCUUUUCAUUUUCUUAAAACGAUUAAGUAGUUUGAACAAUAUAUUCUGCAUUGAUAUAGAGGAAUGUACUCUUAGAGAAAAUAUUGGCAGAAUACAUCCCCUUACUGUGGAAUAUCUGAGAAGGAGAGAGUCACCUCUUCAAAUAAGUGUUUUUGCAGGAAGUGUGGCCGAUCCUGAUUAUCGAUUAGAGUGUACUGAUGCGGUCGUAGCUAUUGAGCUAAUUGAACAUCUAUAUCCUGAUGCACUGGAUGCUUUUCCCUACAAUAUAUUUGCUUUUGUUGAACCAAAGUUAGUAAUAAUCACCACCCCUAAUUCUGAUUUCAAUAUUUUAUUCUCAUCGGAUCCAAAAAGGAUGCGACAUUAUGAUCAUAAAUUCGAAUGGAAUAGAGAGCAAUUUCAGGAUUGGGCAAACAACAUAGUGACCCGUUUUCCUGAUUAUACGGUGACUUUCUCUGGGAUAGGAGAAGGUCCUGCUGGCACAGAAAUUUUAGGAGAAUGUUCGCAAAUGGCAGUGUUUGUAAGAAUGGACAUGUUAGACGAUAGUUAUAUCUCGGUAUCCUACUCCUCCCCCUGUAUCUGUGAUAGCAAUUCUCCAUGCAAAGGUUUGACAGAACUUGCAAAAAUGUUGUGCACUUGCACUUGUAUGCUUUGCUGUCCGAACUUUUCCCAUGGAGUUUGCACAUACAUGAGUUUCUCGAAACAUAUUUCAGACUUUGAAAUACAAGAAAAUGACGAGGCUAAUCCCUCGUAUGGAAUUUACUAUAAGUUUAUUGAGAAAGUGGAUUAUCCUUUUUAUUGUGAUGAUCGUACUGAGGAGCAGAAAAUGAUAGACGAGUUUCGGUAUAGAAUCAAUACCUUUGGACAUUUUCGAGGAAGAUUUUUUGUGGAGGAGAGGAAUAGGUCUGAAAUACCAUUGGUUGACUUGAUUUAUGGACCUGAUAGCUGCUUCAUCUCACAAUCUGAAUUGAGCAAACUUCUUACCAAAUACGAUUACAAAAUCGAAGAAUGUAUUAUCCAAGAGACAGGUCAAUUGGAAAAUUGCGUAAUAUAUGAACCUGUGAUGGAAAAAUACUCAAGCAGUUCGGAAGCUUCAGGUUAUGAAAGUGAUAUUCCAAUGUACCAGCCUAACGACGAAUCUCUUUCAGAUUGGGAUGAUUGGGAUGAACCGUACAUUAAAGAGGAAUCCAAUGAAAACUUCGAGAGUAGUACUGAACUCAUUUCCUCUGAAGUAUCACCUCCUGAAAAUCAAAGCGAUGUAGAAGAACAGAAUAAUCAGUCUCAAACAGUAAUGGAUGCUGGAUAUCAAAAUUCUUCGUGUAACGACCUCCCAAAAACUUGUUCGAGAGAACAAAAUUACGCAUUUGGACAGGCUCUCAGUUGCGAGGACUUGACAUCGAAAAAUAGAAAGAUUCGCUUCAGCAACACAGUCGACAAAAAAUCAUUUACUUUUCCAGAAAUCAACGAAAGUAACCAAUUUCAAAAGAUUGUCGAAAUUAGGCCGGGCCGGACUUUCAUGAAUAACUUUUUGAAUCCUAGGGCUGAGAGAGUGGACAAAUCGGGUGAAAUAGACUGGUGUUCAGAACCGGGACCUUCGAGUGCUAUUCAUGUGCCGCAAAUCAAGAAGAAAAUAUUGAAAAACUCCUCAAGCGAAAACCUUGUAACCGCCAAAUCAAUUAGCGAUAGUAUAGUAGAGAAUGUAUUCAGUACAUUGGAAAAAAAAAGUGAGAGCUCGAAGGUAGUAACGAAUCAGGUUCCAGAAGAAAAUAGCUUUCCGCUAGCAGUUGAAAAUGAAAGAAAAAUAGAAGAGCCAGCAACGUCUGAUGUGAUUCGUCGAGAAACCCGAACAAAGUCCCCAACUGGCGUUAAAGAAAAAUCUUCCGAUGUAUUGAUGGAUUCGAAUCAUCAAAACUCAUCACCUCCCAACACAUUACCGGAAAAUUCUGAGGAAACUGAUUUCUUUGAAGAAACGUCGACUACUCCUAAAUUAUCCAGUGAAGACAACAAAAUUUAUUUGAAGAAGUUGGUGAAUUUGGAGAAAUCUAUUUUUGUGCCGUUGGCAACGUCUUCCCAUCAAAAAAUCAAAACUGAUCCCAACAGAAUAAACGAGUUGGAUAAGUUCAGCAAUAUAUUACCUGGGCGAACGUUUUUCAACCACUUCUUGAGUCCUCAGGGUCACAUAAGUCGAAAGUCAGUAAUGAGAGAUAGGGACAGAGACAGCUCACCGGGGCCCUCAAACUUAUUGGGUAAAAAAAGAAAGAAAACAAAAAAAGGGGGUUCGUUUACAGACGUGGAAGACUAUAGCCCCAUGGAUGAUAUCAAAUCGAUCACUAAUUGCAUCGUAGAAAAUAGUUUGAACAAGUUGAAUAUCGUAGAAAUAGAAAAAAUCAAAGAUGAUGUAAUAGAGUUUAAUAUACCACCAGAAUGGGCUCUAGUUCCGUUUGCUAAUAUUCAAGAGCCAGUGAUGGAAAAUUUUCCUGGCAACAGCGGUAGAGAUAUCGAAGGUAACCCCAAUAAUGGAACGGAAUCCAAUGGGCGUGAUACAGAAAAUGGAAAUAUUGAAUUGAAUGGAAGAUCUGUCGAAAAUGAAGCUCCGAAUGUUGAAGAUAGACACAACUCGGGACAUCCUACCUCACUGUUUACAGAAUUCGCGAAUGAGGGAAUACCUUCAACGUCACAACAGUUGGAGAAUCAAGUCGCUCGUGCCAGUAGGGAAGCACUUUUUGACCCGAACUCCGUACAAGACCUUCUAGAGGAUUUUGAGAUACCUGCUCCGUUACAAGAAGCUGUCGAUAUUUUGGAUGUGGGAAAUAAUGUCGUUUUGUUGGGAAUUCGUUCGAUAGCAAGUAACAUUAAUCCACAAGUUCUUUCCGUAGAAAAUGGUUUUCCACACUGGCUAUUGCAAAUUAUGGGGACACAGGCCGUUCCAGAUGGAUCGAUAACUUCUACGUCGUCGGAUGAGCCGCAUUACUAUUGUCAAGGAGAUGGAUUGGGUGUUCAUCCAUCGAUCACUGCAGUCGAAGUGGAGGACGAAGAAGAUGAAGAAACAACAUCUUCCAACAACACAGACUUUGCAGAAGUAGACCAAGGAGUUUCUUCCCAGCAAGAUAUGAGUUCCCUUCCAGAAGAUUCUCAAGGUAAUACAGAAAGUCAAGAGUUUCCAGAAGAAACAGAUGAUGGAUUACGAAUGGAAACUACUGAACAAACGGAAUACUUCGAUACAGUUUCUAGUUCGUCAGAUACCGGAAUAGAUAGUAGUAAGAGUACUUGAUUGGUACUUACGUUGUUGAAUCUGAUUAAGGUAUUCAUUUACAUUACAGUCUAGUUAUUGGUGGAAAUUUUAUUUUAUUUCUUGUUGUGUUUUUGUUUUGAUCCGAAACAGAAUUCUUGGGGAAUAUUCUCACGUUAAUGCUUUGCCUAGAAUAUCAACAGAAUAUCCAAAGAAACAAAACUGUGAAUUCAGUUGAGGUAAGGAAUAUUACGUCACGUGUAAAAAAAAUAUUGUUCCUUUUAUACGUUUUCGAAUAUAGAUUUGAACAUCUCUAUUUUGUUACUAUUCAAAUGUUUAUGGCCACUGUACCCAAAAUGUAUAUACCUUUUUUUCAUUUUAUAAAGAAAUUGAAUAUC